CUCAAAAUAUGGUGUGGAUAACAACACAUACAUUUGCUCCAGUUGUCAAGCUUCACUAGGUAGAAUUCUUCUAUAUAUUGCUACUAAAUUAUCUUGGAAUAUUUGGCAAAUAGACGUCAAGAUGCAUUCCUUCGUAGCAACCUGGAAAAGAGGUUUACAUGGAUUAAAGAUUUCAAAAAAGCUAUGCACAGUCUAAAGCAAUCCUAAAAGGCGUGGUAUAUAUUUCAUCAUUACUAGAUUUAUGAUCCAAAUCAUACAACUCUAGCAGCACUAGACAGAAUCACUUCAAAAUAUUUUGUGAACUGUGUAUGCAUUUUUACAUAUGUAACUAUAUUUUAGGUAUAAUUUAUGUAACAUAUAAUAACGAGUGGAACUAUUUAGAGUUUUUUUUUUAUUGAAGACUUGCUUAAACAAUUGCUCAAUACAACUAUACACUGAUUAUAGAUAAAACAUGUGUAUAGGUCCAUGAUUUUGGGAUUGAUACAUCAUUUUGAUAGUUUCUCCUAACUAUUUAUCUUUUCAAUGCAUUCAUUAUUAUCUUCAUCUGUAUUUAUUAUUAGUAUCACAGAUACAUUUGAAUUCGGAUGAUCUCUUCCGACGGAUGAAUCUAGUUAUGAUCUUCUUCCUUUUCCUAAAUUUUAUUUUUUAACACCAUAGCAAUACGAAAAACAUGCUUAACCAAUAUAAAAUAUUGGAGGGUGUAUCGAGUUACCAAUGACAAAUAUUUUUACUAAAGCUAUAAAAAUUUAAACAAGGAAAAAAGUUUCUUUAAGCUCAAUAAUUAGCUGUUCAUAUCUAAAGGUAUCAAGACCUGGUAACAAAAAUAGUUUAUUCCAAAGAUGAUUAUAAUGUUUGAUUGGUUGACACAUAUUAAUUAUAUCCAUUACUUCUCAUGAUCCUAUAUAUAUAGAGGUCAUCAAUCUCUUGUCAAUCAUUCCAACAAACCGCAUUACUAAUCGGAUUUUAUUUUAAAGAUUAAUCGAUUAUUUUGAUAAAGUCGUGUAGUACUUUACUUCUCAAAGAAUGGAAGCUAUGGGAGAAUGGAGCACCGGCUUAGGCGGAAUGUAUACAGACGAAGCUGACUUCAUGAAUCAGCUCCUUGCCUCUUAUGAUCAACCUUGUAGCGUUUCGUCCCCAGAGACAACCGCCCCAGCCGCAGCAUACCACCCCCAGAACGCUCAUUUGACUGGCGGGUUCUGCUUCUCUCAGGAGAGCAGUAGCUACAGCGCGGGGCAUAGUGGCUACUACGCGGUGAUGCCACCGCGAGAAGAAAACAACAAUGGGAUGGAGGAUGUGACGAUCAACACGAACUUGUAUCUGGUGGGUGAGGAGAUGUGUGAAUGUGAACUGGCGGAAUACUCCGCCAAGAGCCUUUUGCCUUUGGAGACUGCCGAAGAGAAUCAGGAUGAUAAUAAGAGGUCACUGGAGACGGAGGACGAUCAAAAAUUGUUCAACGCUUGCGAGAGUUCCAAGAAGAGGACGCGUGCCAUAACAACUGACAAGAACAAGAGAGCCAGCAAGACACGGAAAACUAAAAAAAUCAUGGAGAUGAGUGACAAUAAUAACAAUAGCGGUGGAGAAGUACAUACGGAGAAGGCUGGGGGAGAGAGACACACCAAAGCACUUAAGAUUCAGAAAACUUGUUAUUCGGAUGACGAAGCAAACGGUGGAGACACUUCCUCCUGCAAAGAAGGUGGCGAAGACUGCAAGGCGCUAAACCUCAAUGGCAAGACUAGAGCUAGCCGCGGCGCUGCCACUGACCCUCAAAGCCUCUACGCAAGGAAAAGAAGAGAGAGGAUAAACGAGAGGCUAAAGAUUUUACAAAACCUCGUCCCCAAUGGAACAAAGGUCGAUAUUAGCACGAUGUUGGAGGAAGCAGUACAAUACGUCAAAUUUCUCCAGCUCCAAAUUAAAUUGUUGAGCUCUGAUGAUUUGUGGAUGUACGCGCCCAUUGCCUACAACGGGAUGGACAUUGGCCUUGACAUGAAACUCAACUCACUCAUAUGAUUUACGAGAUUUUCGGACAUAUUUUUCUAUUUACGAGUUCCACUAUAAACUCUCAUACGAUGUUAAAUACGUGAGAAAUGGGGAGUCGCUUUUAACGUUUACUACUGUGUGCAAAUCGAGAUAUGCCCAACAUUUUUUUGUGGUAUUUGAAAUACUGGUGUACUACAUCUUUUGAUAAUGAUUUCGUUUUUUUAUUAGUUGGUUAAUCGUUUCGUUUAAGUAAUAUAUAUUUCAAUAGAAAUAUAUAUUUAUAUAUUAGGGACAUAAUUAAAAGAAUUUUUCUAAAAAAAUUAAUUAUUCAUAUGCAUAAGAAAAUAUCUCAUAAAAUUCUCACAGUUUUUCAAAUAGAAACCGAUUCUUAUCUACUCUAUUAAAAUAGAGUCUCCUAAAAUAUAUCUAACAAUGUUUUAUUGUUGGACUAAUUCAUUAGUAACUGAACAAAUUAAAUCAAAUAUAUAUCUAAAUUUUCUAUCGUGUAUUUUUUUAUUUGCUUUUUGUUUUCCCCAUUUCUUAAUAAACUAUUUAAACUAUUUCAUUUUAUGAAGAUCUAGACAAAAUCCUUCUUUCUAAACAAAAUUCUAUG